AUGCAAUCAGGAGAAACCAAGAAUGCGCUGGGCGACAUCAUCAAUUGCUACCGCCCAGAGCUAAAGCCAUUCGAAGACAUUUACCAACACAUACACGCUCACCCAGAACUAUCAGGCGAAGAAGAACAAACAGCUAAAAAAGCAUCCGAGCACCUAAAAUCCCUCGGAUAUGAAGUCCACACUAAAAUCGGCGGCCACGGCGUUGCUGGCGUCCUUCGUAACGGCCCCGGCCCAACAAUCCUACUGCGGGCCGACAUGGACGCACUACCUGUUGAAGAGAAAACCGGCCUAAAGUACGCUAGCAAGGUAAUCGCUACAGACACCAAUGGUAAAGCACAGCCAGUGAUGCACGCUUGCGGCCACGACACCCACGUCACGACCCUUAUGGCUGCAUCGACCCUGCUACACGCCGCCCGCGACAAGUGGAGCGGAACCUUGAUCUGUAUCUUUCAGCCGGCCGAGGAACAUCUCAACGGCGCACAAGCUAUGCUUAAUGACGGCCUCUACGAUAAGAUCCCUAAGCCAGAUCUUAUCCUUGCGCAGCACGUCAUGCGAAUGCGUGCUGGUACGGUCAAUCUCCGCGCAGGCCCGCUGCUUACGGCUAGUGAUGCGUACGAUGUGCGGGUUUUCGGCCGCGGUGGACACGGUGCACAGCCUCAGACGACAAUCGAUCCUAUUGUUCUUGGGUCUUCGAUCGUGACUAGGCUACAGUCUAUCGUGUCGCGUGAGGUUGAACCAGGGAAAUUGGCUAUCGUGACUGUGGGUAGUGUUCACGCGGGCCAAUCGCACAAUAUCAUCCCGUCACACUUAGAUCUACAGUUGAAUGUGCGAACUUUUGAUACUACUGUGCGUGAGCGUGUGCGCGCUGCUAUUCAUCGCAUCAUUGAGGCCGAGUGUCAGGCUGCUGGUGUGGAGCAGAAGCCUGAAAUCAAAUUAACUUUCUCGUCACCGGCGACGAUUAAUGACGGGAAAACCAUCGUUGCGCUGAAAGAGACUUUUCAGCUGUACUUUGAGAAAAAUCUGGUUGAGAUGGAGCUUCCGACUGCUAGUGAGGACUUUUCUUUGCUCGCUACUGCUGUUGGUGCGCCUUAUGUCAUGUGGAUGUUUGGUGGCAUUGAUCCUGAGACCUGGGAUGAGGCUGUUGAGAAGGGAACUCAGGAUACGCUACCUAGUAAUCACUCGCCUUUCUUUGCGCCAGUUUUGCAGCCUACUUUGAAGACUGGUGUUGAUGCUUAUGCACUUGCGGCCUUGACUUUUUUGCAGAAGAAGUGA